UUAAUGUUUUUAUUUUUACAAAUGAGUCACGUUAUAACCAAAUAUUCAUGAUAUAAAACAUACUUAGAUUUUUAAUAAAUAAUAAUGUUUUUAACAAAUAUAUUGUUUAAGAAAGCAAAGAGCAAACUACUCUUAGUUUUAACUGAAAGUGUAGUAAGCGGUCAUACAAGGCAUAUGAUCAGAGAAAGAGUAGCUGAUAAAUUAGAAGUUAUUAAAUUCGAUCCGUACAUUCAAAAAAUGGCAAUCUACAAAGAGGUUAAAAAGGUACACGGUCUUAAAUAAUGAAACUAAAUGUAGAAUAUUGAUAUAUUUAAUAAUAAUAAAUGUAAUAUUAAUAAUAAAUAAG